AUGAUGAUACAGCCUUCCAAACCUGAUGUGAGGCCUAGCAACCCUCAGCAACCAACUAGACAGCCUGUUAGACCAGUCGGCCUGGUCCAGCCUGAUGAACAGCCUUCCAGACCUGAGAGGAGGUGUAGUAACCCUGUGGGCCCCACUAGACGGCCUGUUAGCCCCGUUGGCCUGGUCCAGCCUGAUAAACAGCCUUGCAGACCUGAGGGGAGGCCUAGAAACCCUCGGAACACCACUAGGAGAAAAGUGAGGCCCAGUAAUCGUGUUUGUCCCGUUAUCCUUGAGUCCCAACCUUCCAGUCCUGACAGCACCACUACCAGCACUGUGGACCUAGUCCAGCUUGAGUCCCGUCCAACCUGUCCUGCAGUGAGUCUGGUCCAGCCUGAGUCCCGUCCUACCUGCCCUCUGACCCUGGAGGAGCCGGCCCUUUCAGAGUCAUGCAGCUUCAGAAACAAUGUGUUUGUUCUCUCCAUGCCGAAAGCUGCCCAGCCAGAGGAGGCUGCCAGAGGGAGCAGCAGCCCACCCAGGGACAUCAUCAGGCCUGAGGCCUUCGUCCAGACAGGACCCCUGCUGGCCAGGAGAGCCCAGAGGGAUGCUCCUUCUCCAAAGAAGGUCCCCAAACCCCCAGUGGCCCCCGGCCCAAACUGCUGCCCUCCCUGGGCCAGGGCAACGUGUCCCUUGUCAGUGCCAACGCCUGGGAUGAAAGGACCAAGAAGAAGAGAAAGAAAGGAGUCAGAGUCCAGAGGUCUAGCCUGGGUCUGAGGCAUAUCCCCCGUGACGUAGAGCUGGCCAUGAUGAGACCCCGUCUGGUCAAGUCAGCUGUUCCCUCCCAGGAACCCUACCAGCCGUGGGACGACGAGGA